CCACAGCACUCUAUUUAGUACCGAUCCUUAUUGAUCUUCCAUCCCAACCUCCCUCCAUCUCCCUCGCCAGCCCUCUAUUCCUGUAAUUUGAGGAUUAGGCCCAUCCCCCUCCUGCUUCCCGCUAUUUCCUGUGACAGUCGGAACCCAGCUCUGCAGACCGAUGAAGAUGUUCGCCUUUUGUCUCCUUUGCGCUUUGCAGGUUCUCUCUGACUCGGCUUCAGCACAGCAUGAGAAAAACAGCAUGGUGGUUGCUACAGGUUCCUCCAUUCUAUUUCCUGGAACGGAUAAAGGAUUCAGCAAUGUCCAGUGGGAAUUCUCAAAGCCUCUCCAGAUUCUUCCCAUUUUAGAUUACAAUGAAGGACAUCAAAACAUAUAUGAUCAGUAUCUGAAUAGAGUUGAACUGAACGAAACAGAUGGUUCAUUAUUAUUAAAAGAUGUCCGUGAGUGGGAUACCGGUAAAUACAAAAUGACUGUAGACUUAGACCCAUCUCGGACCAGAGUGAUCACUCUGACAGUGCAUGAUCCUCUGUCUCAGCCCACCAUCUUCUGUAAUGGCAGCUUGGAGAAGCCCCCACUUAUGCUGGUCUGUGCAGUGGAGAAAGGCAGAGCCUAUACUGUUCACUGGAGCAGAGGAGAGUUCACGCUCCCACACAACGAGCAUUAUUGGCUAUCAGAAGACAACAGAACCUUAAUCAUUCAGAGCGUUCAGGAAUCAGAUUCUGGCAAUUAUACCUGCACUGUGGAAAACCCCGUCAGUAAAGGCAAGAAUACCUGCUGGCUGUUCUUCAAGAGUCAGCAAUCCAGAACUCGACUUGGGUUAAUUCUGGCUGGUGUUCUGUGUUUGACAGUAGUUGUGUUGAUCACUGUUCUUGUGCGACAAUCUGUGGGUUGGAAAUGGCUUCCGUUCACAAGUCGAUGUGUUGACAAUGUGGGACCAAAUGAAGUAGCUGUUUAUUACGAAAGUUUCGGGAGAAGUGAACCAUCACUAACUACUGGGUGCGCUGAGAAAGCUGAAGUACGAUUCUCUUCAGCGUAAGAGGAACAGAAGAAUCUGUGCCUUUUUCAGCAGAGAAUGCAGAGGUUUCCUACGACUUUAUUUUAGACUUGCCUGAGCAGCUCGUGAUAUUACAUCAAUCAUCCUGAAGUUUCCGCAAUGGAACUAUAUCUCAAUGCAGUCAACAUGUUGGACAGCAUCAGUGCAAAGAGAGAAAUAAUGUUGAGGUUUCAUUUGCUGGUUAUUUCAUUCAAGCUGUUACCAGGUCAGACAUGUUACCUCUGUUUCUGUUCACAGAUGCUAUCUGACUGACUGAACACUUGCAGCAUUAUCUGCUUUCUUUCAUUUGAAAUGUCCAACAUCCCUUAUUUUGAGCUUUAAGAUAGCGACAUGCGGAAAAGGAGGAACCUAUUCAAACCAUUAGAUCUGUUCCAUCAUUCAGCUGCAUCACAGCUGAUCUGUAGUUUAACUCCUUGGCUCCAUUUCCCUACCAAAAAUCUCCUUAAAAGGAUAGAACAGCAUCUAAGAUAUAUUUUCUUGUCAACCUGUUCAGGGAUGUUAUUCUAAACCUCAGCAAUACGUGGGUCUUGAACUCCGGCUCUCCUGGCUCAGAGGUGAGGACACUAGCCCCACAUUCGUCAAUUCCCUGAGGGACCAAAGGUUUGUGUAAACCCAGUCUUAAACGGAUGCAGUGAUAAAGUAAGCCCAACCCCCUUUGCAUAUCAUAGACUUUGGCCUAUGUUGUUUUUUUCUUCCUGACUUGCCAACCAGUAGAAACAGAUAUGUCUAUGCAAUCAAGCCCAUUCAUUCAGAAUCUUGUACGUACUACUCUUAAAAACUUUCAAUACUGUAAUCGACCUCCCCCCCCACCUCAACCCAGCAUCCAUAUCCUUUCUAGGGGCAGGAUUUUCCGUGAAUUUUCACUAACCUAUCCAUGUGAAAAGACAUUGCGAUUGCUUUUCUAAUUGAUAUGGCUAUAAUUUUAAGAUAUUGCCUCCUUCUUUAUGAUUUCCCUUCAACAAGAAGUAGGCUCUCUGCAUUUACUCUGUGGAAUCCUUGUUAACACGGCAUCUAAUUACGCCAGUGUUAACAAUUACUGAAGGAAAGUACUCAUAGUGAAAGCUCUAAUUGAACAUGUCCGCACACAUUUCCCGAUGCAACAAAAUUCAUACUGAAAUUCAAGUCAGUGCCUCAGAAUUGCCUCUGUGCUCAGACACCACACAGGCUUAGCACUCCCCAGUUCUAGUAACAUAUGGCACUAGUGUUCACAGACUGGAGCAGGUGUGGCUCAGUGUGCGGCUCCGAGUAGCAAGUCCCACUGCCAGGACUUGUGGGCCACCAGAGGAACCCAGCUAUUGGUGCACAUGCACCAAGUGCUUAUGCACCAACCUGGAAAAAUGACCGAGGAUUAGUGGCAUGAAGGGGUAGCUGACUGUAAAUCCAAUAAUGAAGGUUGAUAUGGAAAGUAGUCAAACAGUAUUGUGCCAGCCACUGUAACAUGGGAAAAUAGAAGGAAGAACGAACAGUCUCAAGUUGCAAGAAUAUUCUGGUGAAUUCAGUAAGAUACCAAUUUCAUAUGGGAGUAAUAUAACCUGUACAUAACUUUAAAGUAUUUAUUAUAUUUUAAUAUUAUCAUUGUGUUAUUAUUUGUGUUCUGAAUUAACUAGUUAUUUUAACUCUUAAUCUGGUGAUGCCUGUUUUUGAAAUUUUCAUCCUUGCUUUGGAAUGUAUCCAACUCACCCUUCUCUAUCUCAAACUGUACCUGUGAUUGAUGUCUCUUGCCCUUCCAAAAUUCAAUGUCUUGUACGUAACUGGAUGAUAGCUAUGCAUUCAGACAUCUAAAUCGUGUGUUUUGAAAUCUCCUCCUUCUCGAUCUCUUUGCCUGUCAAUCCAAUGCUCCUUGAAUUUAUUUUUAAUUUAUUUUUUCAGUGGAGCAUUAGUGCUUCCAGCCUUUGUUGCUUGUUCCUAACUAACUUUGAAUUGAGUAUCUUGCUUGCCCAUUUGCUAAGUGUUAUGGCUAAACACAAGCGUGCACUGGACUUUCACAAGCCACACAAUAAGUGGAAAUGUUCAAUCAUGAGAAAUAGUCAGUUUAUUUCUGUCUUCUGCUACUGUCCAGAAAUUUUCACCAUGUUUCUUCAAGCUUAUAAAAAUAACUCGUUCAUUAGGAACAAACUUUUUUUUGACAAUAAAGUAUUAUUAUGUGAAAUUCAAA